AUGGCACUGAAACUACUGGGAUAUCUCUGGCAAUACCCUGGAUCUCCCAUAAACGGCUUGUGCCUCGCGGUGUGGAGGAACCAUCACAUGCGCACCGUCACCAACUACUUCAUCGUGAACCUGUCCUUGGCAGACGUCCUGGUCACUGCCAUCUGUCUCCCGGCCAGUCUGCUAGUGGACAUCACAGAGACCUGGUUCUUCGGACAGACGCUCUGCAAGGUCAUCCCCUACUUGCAAACGGUUUCGGUGUCGGUGUCUGUGCUUACGCUCAGCUUCAUCGCCCUGGAUCGCUGGUACGCAAUCUGCCACCCGCUGAAGUUCAAGAGCACGGCGAAGCGUGCCAGGAACAGCAUCGUCGCCAUCUGGAUCAUCUCCUCCCUCAUGAUGGUGCCGCAAGCCAUCGUCAUGGAGAAGCGCAGCAUGAUCCCCGAGCUGGCCAAUCGGACGAUGCUCUUCUCUGUCUGCGACGAGCACUGGGGCGCUGAGAUCUAUCCCAAGGUGUAUCAUGUGUGUUUCUUCGUGGUCACCUAUCUGGCCCCGCUGUGCUUGAUGUUCGUGGCUUACUUCCUGAUCUUCAGAAAGCUUUGGUGCAGACAGAUCCCAGGCACGGCCGCCGCCCUGGCCAGGAAGUGGGUUCCUCCGUCACGUCACCCUGCCAGUGCCCAGCAGGGCACCCCAUCCUCCUCCUCGCACCGCUCUGUCGCCCUCAGCGCUGAGAUCAAGCAGCUGCGCGCCCGCCACAAGACCGCCAAGAUGCUGCUCAUCGUCCUAUUGGUCUUCGCGCUCUGCUACCUGCCAAUCAGUGUUCUCAACAUUCUGAAGAGGGUGUUUAGGAGGUUUGAGAAUUCAGAUGACCGGGAGGCUAUCUACGCCUGGUUCACCUUCUCCCACUGGCUGGUUUAUGCCAACAGUGCUGCCAACCCCAUCAUCUACAACUUCCUCAGUGGAAAGUUCCGGGAGGAGUUCAAAACCGCGUUCUCCUGCUGUUUCAAAGGAUUCGCAUCGUGCCGACGGAUCAACGUGCAUCACGUGACACGGAGCACCAGACAGAAAUCUCUGACCACCAACAGCAAAUCCGACAACGUUUCCAAAGUUCAUGAGCACGUGAUUCUCACUAGUGUCACCACGGUUCUCAGCUAGCACCUAGAACCCUAGAAUCCUGAAGACUGAGCUGUCGGAACCGUUCACCGGUGGUUUCGAUUUUGCCUGAACAGGGAAAUGGUUUUAUGUUGAAGGCAUUAUAACAGGUUGAGUGAAUUUACAAGCAUACUGAAACCACAGAGAAGGAGCAGUUCUGGAAAGUUGGCCAAAGCCCUUCCAUGCAAACUGCUGUAUAACAUAAUAACUAAAUGUAUUUACCGCCAUGUCAGACCGAAACAUUCAGAUCGGCAGGGAGAAGACUCAUUUGAUGAAAUGAUUGCCUACUUUUCCUGGUGAGAGGCAAGCAUUCGCAAUAGGGUUUAACAUUGAACUCUAACCCACCAGAAACAGCACCUCACUGCCUGGGAUAAAUGUACAGUUAACUCAGGAUGAUGGACUCACUAGCGCUUUUUCAUAGAGGACAAUCAUAUUUUUGGUAUAAUUUGUAGGUAUAUUUGUCAUAGUAUACACUGUAGAUGUUGUUUGUGAAGCAAUCUGUGCAAGUCCUUUGUAAGUUUGAAGCGUGUUUCAGUGAAGUAACUGGCUGCUGCUCCAGGCUCUGUACAGUGCAACGUGGCACAAGAUAAUCAAACAAGCAACAAGUGCAUGACUUUGUCUCUGCUCCCACCUAAUCUGCUGUACUGAGCCCUGUGUUAAGUGAUAGUGGUGUGUGUUGUUGGCAUGGCAUUUGAAUGGAAUGAGGAAGGGUGUACAGUCCCAGCACAUGGGAUUCUCCAGGGAAGCUCAAAGCAGCUCAAAGACAGAUUGAGGGAAUAAUGAUAACAACUUAGUAUGAGAACCCAAAACCACUCAGAGCGGCUGCAAACAGCAAAAAAUAGUAGGGGAUAUAUAUUAGAAAAAGCAUUAACAACGAUAUUUUUCAGAUUGUGGAUCCUAUUCACAAAAUAUGAUAAUAAUAAUAAUAAUAAUAAUAAUAAUAAUAAUAAUAAUAAUAAUAAUAAUAAUAAUAAUAAUAUUUUUUGGUACAGGCUUGGUGCAAAUCUCUUGUAUGUGGUAAAGCGACCGGUCUAAAAAUGGGAUGAGUGUUAGGAAAGUAAG